AUGAUUUCUUAGUCAGAGGUAGAAUCAAUCAAUAGGUAUUUGUUGGAAGCAACUGGGACAUUAGACAAUAUAUAGAGGACGUUCAUUAAGAAGUUUGAGUCAGAACCAAAUCCAUAUCCUUAUUUUUAUUAAGGAUUAUGUGAUAAUGUAAGAAUCUAAAUAAGUCUAGAUAUUCACAAAAGGAUAAAGACUGCUCACUAUCUAUUUACUGUACAAUUCAGAAUUGAGAUCAUGUCUAUAAGAUAUUUAUAACUUUACAUUAAAUGAUUUUGAGAGAAAAUUUAUUUAAGAUCCUCAAAUUGUAUAUGAAUUUAUUAAGACAUUUAAGAUAGUAUGCUGCCAUUACAAUUAAGACCUUGCUUGAAGAAUAAGAUAAAUUUACAUCUAAUGAUAGGCCAAUCUCCAAAGAUUAUUCAAAUAAUUAAAUUGCUCAGAAUAAAAUGAGAAAUUGUAUUUCAUUAAAUAAUAAUAAUCCACCUUAGUAAGAUUUUCUUUCAUUUUAGAAAAUUAAGACAAAAUACUAAUAUUGAUUUCAUACAAUAACAAAAUGGAUUUGAAAUUGAGUAUCUUAGACCUAUUCCAAAUGUUGUCUAAAAUAGGUUUGAUUGGAUUGAUUUAAAUGAUAUAUCUUAUGCGAUUUGGGAUUAUUCAUUACAAAUAAAUUCUGAUAAAUUGAGUCAAAUUAAAGAAAUCAUAUAGAAGGCACAUAAUGAAUAGAUCUCAGAAUAUGAAUUGCAAGUAAGAAAGUUUUUAAUUCUAGUUAUUUUAAGAAUAUCUAAAGAAAGACAAUUACAAUUUUUUAAAGAAUAACGGUUUGAUUAAUUUCAAUCUAGGUGAAAUAAUUGAGAAGAACUUAAAUUUGGCAUUUUUUUUGUUUUCUAAAUACUUUCCUAAUCCAGAAUUUUUAGAGUAAUCAUUUAAUAUUAUGAUAGACUUAUGGAUAACUUAGUUUAAAUGGAUGUAACUCCUAAUGGCUUAGAGCUAAUGUGCAUGAUCGUUUAAUAAUUUCACAUUCCCUAGGAGUAUUUAAAUUAUUAUAUUAACUACUGCAUUCAAUUCUGUCAAAACAUCAAAGUUUAAUCUAUUUAUUAAUAUAUAGGAAAAAGGCUAACAAGUAAGAAUGAUUAAGUAUUUUACCAUUUUUCUAAAGCACUUGAUUAACAAGAAACUAUAUAAGACAUCAGACUUAGUCACAGAAGUAAGUUAAUUAUGCUUAUCAUAUAGCUCUAAGCAUUUUCGAUAGAAUUUUCAAAUAUAGGAGAGACUUCAAGUCUGUUCAAAUUAAUAAAGAGUGAUUUAUCAUUAUGA